CCACUGUAAUGAACUAAAAAAAGGUGACAAACAACCUUUUCUGUGAUAAAUGCAUAGACGAGCUCACGCGCAUACACUGCUGGCGACAUUCUAAAGCUCCGCUUUGCCCUCCCUAGUAUCAUGGUGAAAAAGACACAUUUCUGGAUGGACGAGGAGACCAAUUUCAUGGUAUCGCAAUUAGAGGAGUUAAAUAUCCUAAAAUACAUGGAUGUAAGAAAAAUGCGGAAUGGCGAACUAUUCAAAAAAGUUGCAACAAAAUUGGAGGAAGCAGUAUUUAUAAGAAGCCUUCGUCAGACACACUUCGGUCAAUAAAUCAAUUCUUUCCGACUCAUGUAUAUUGGGACAACGACAAUAAUCCAAUUAAAUCUCAUUUUUGGCCAAAUCAAGCUAUUAAAAUAGAUCGAUUUCAACUGUGCAUGUAAACGCACUGACUGUCAAGCUACUUAAAUAUUGUUAAACUAGACCACCAGAGUGUAGGCGCAUUCAGUGAUAAAUUGUGGCAGAUGAGGGUCAAUGUUGUAGUCAACCAGCUCACAGUGUUUUAGCAAAUUCUUUUGGCUACGUAGGCAAAUAAUCUAGACAGAAGAAUCAGACAACUGUGUAAAUGCUAAAUGUGUGUGUUUUUGUGUGAGUGUGUAUGUGUGUGUGUGUGUGUGUGUGCGUGCAUGUGUGUUUUUCAUUUUGAGUGUAUAUGUGAGUGUGUUGCUUGUGGAAAACAGAAUGAAAAGAUUUAGGUAAAUAAUGUUGCUUGUCAGCGCAUAUAAACUAUGAAUACUGGAAAUGGGUGGAAAACAUUCAAUUUUCUUGUGAUUCCGGUUAGCUCUUAUCACUAAACAUUGGACUGAUAUCGAUUGUACGGCUUCCAGACAGUACAUAUACAGCAGCUCUGUGUAGGAUAGACAGCAGGAAAAUGGGAAACCAAGAGUGCCGUGAAGUGUAUCGCCUGGGUCGGGAUGUGGGUAUGAUUCCCGACCCUCAGAUGGACCGAACGUUCACCGGUUACCUCUCGCCCGACUCGUCCACUCACCUGAGCUCCCACUACAUGGACGUGCGCAGCUUGCUCUCUCCAGAGCAGCUCGGCGUGUUCAACCACGGCCUGCGGGCCACUCUGGGAGAGAGCGGGAAGGUGACGCAGGGGGGCGUGGUGGCUCUGGCCCUGUCCUUCCUGUUCGACGUCCUGGCCCAGCAGGCCAAGAACCAGACCGGGUCGACCCAUUUCAUCCACCAAAUUUUCAGAGAGCGUGAAGGCGACCACAUCUCCGAGAUCGGGACAGUUGUCAGCGACUACCUGAAACUAGUCCCACUGAUCGCCAACGACCCCCAACGCAUGAAGGAGGAGACCGAACGCUACGAACAAAGACUUAACCACUCGCUGGUCGGCCAUUUUGAGAGGACAGUGAAGGCACAAAACAGCAGUUGGACAGAUUGGAAGAUAUUCAUCCACAGCCUGGCUUUUCAUCAGCACAUGAUGAUCCAUCAGGUACGAAUGGAAGCAAACAUACCACAAGAACGACUGAUUGAAAGAGACUGGCAAAAACAUGUAAAGAACAUUUAUAAAUAUGGUCCAAUAUCUUUGGUUGAAAUUAAAAAUGUUGCUGAACGUUUCAGCAACAUUAGUCCAGAAAACCAACUGAUACUCACCACGUGCAAUUUGGGUUUGAAGCACAAAUUUUAGGAUCAUACUUUUUUUUGGGUGCUGAAAAAAAGGUCUCCAAUUAAUAAGCCAGGAAGAGGAUUUUUUCUACUAAGUAAACACAGCACAUUAACCUAAGUUUUACCGCUUCAGGAAGUCACAUCGACUGACUGUCCAGGUAACUUAUCUCACAGCUAAACUAGCAGCCUCAGUCCAGAAGGUAACCCACCUUCUUGUGUGUGAACAUCUGCAUUUGUAGUUUUUAAACCAUGAUCUGUGCAGUCAGUCAGAUCAUAUGACAGAGAAUCUCCUCAUAGGCUACAUUUCAUCCCUCCUGAUCUUUCACUGACUAGCGAAUUAAUCAAGGAUCAAAUUGUAAUCUACAACUCUUAGAAUAACUUGCAUUCAUCAACUUAUCACUUAAAUAAUUCCCUGAUAUUUUUUACAGUGAUAUGCAUGACCUCAUAUGAAUGUACACCUAUUGCUGCCGCAUAAUUUAUGCUUUACAGUUGCUCAGUGUGUUAGUACCUAUUAUAAACACAGAGAACAUAAUGUGACCUCAUGCAUCAUGUCUUGCUGAGUCAGAAAAUCAUUCUGUAUUUGCCUGUACUGUCUGUGCUUUAUGAAUAAAUGAAAUACAAUAAAACAUUAUUAAAAUGAA